UAGCCCAACAGCAGAAAAGCUCAACCCAACUCCUCUUUCUCUCUCCUUCACAUCUCUCCCACAUACACAACUCAUCUUCCCCCAACUCUUCUGCAACCUCUCCCUCUCACAAAUUCACCGCCUCGAACCUCCGGCGAGGUUCCGCCGACAGUCACUGCUGUUGCACAAGCAGCACCGCCACGCCCAUCCUUUCUCAUCCGACACUCCCCUUUUCCUAUCAAAUCGGCAAAAACCCGACUCUGCAAUCCUCUCUCUCUCUCUCUCAAGCGGCGGCGUGAAGGCUUGAACCAAUUUUGGGAGGAUGGCAAGAUCUUUAUCUAAUUUCCUUUACAAAGGCAUUGCUGCAUUUCCAGCUGCUAGUUCAACUGCAUCUGGAUCCUUCUAUCAGGGCAUACAUCGUUUUUCCACUUCUGUGCCCAGUGAUCCUGAUACACAUGAAGAUUUUAGACCCACGACUAAAGUUGGGAGUUCUGACAUGUCCUUGAAGGACAUUGUUGAGCAGGAUAUCAAAGAAAACCCUGUGAUGAUAUACAUGAAAGGGGUGCCAGAACUUCCUCGAUGUGGAUUCAGUGCACUAGCAGUGAGGGUCUUGAAAGAAUAUAAUGUUCCUCUAAGUGCAAGAAAUAUAUUAGAAGACCUUGAGCUAAAGAAUGCUGUAAAAUCCUUCAGCCACUGGCCGACAUUCCCUCAGAUAUUCAUCAACGGCGAGUUUGUUGGGGGAUCUGAUAUCAUUCUUAACAUGCAUCAGGUUUUUGUUUUCUACUUUGCUUUCCUCUCCUUUUUGUUCUGGAUUAAUCAACCUAUCCUUUUCAUUGUAAUAAUCUUGUUCGUCAUGCAGACUGGUGAAUUGAAGGAAAAACUGAAUGUCGAUGCAGAGAAACAGCAAUAAAACAGAUUUGUGCGCAGUUGCUGGAUGACGAGGAUGACCCCCUCCCUUUAUCCCAGAUUAUAUCUAUUGCUCGCCUAAUAAGGACAUGAAAAAUAAUGAAACUAGACAUCCAUGCAUUGUCAAAUAAUGGGAUUGGUUUUUCUUUCCUUGUUUUGUAGUGUCAUGUUGAUUAUAUACUAGAUAUAAUCACUUAGUUAUAUUGAGAGAAAAUAUCUAUGAUAUCCUUCUGCGUAACGGCUCAUUUUGUGGUUAAAUUAUUUUAAUAAAAUGCAGAGAGCAUGCAAAAUGCAUAGCAAGUUUCGAUUCUCA